AACACACGUUUAUUUUGGUUUUUGAAUUCGUUUCGAAGAGAAGCAAGUUUUUUGGGAGUUUAGUCUUUCUAAAAAACAAAAAAAAAAUCAUGUCCAGCUGGAAGAAGGCAUCCAAAUCGAACCAGCGGGUACACCGGGAGCGCGCCCAGCCGGCGGCCCGCGCCGAACUUGGUUUACUCGAGAAGAAAAAGGACUACAAAAGGCGCGCCGAAGAUCAGCACCAGAAGGAUGACACGCUCAAGCUGCUGCGGAAGCGUGCCCUGACCCGGAAUCCGGACGAGUUUUACCACCACAUGAUCAACUCCAAGGUGGAGGGUGGGAAACAUGUCGAGCGGGAGCAGGAGGAUGAGCACACGCCGGCCCAGGUUCGGUUGAUGGAGACGCAGGAUCUGAAGUACGUUGGGAUGAAGCGGACGAUGGAGACGAACAAGAUUCGGCGGUUGCAGGGGAAGUUGCACAUGACGGAGGUGGCCAAUAGGACGCGGAACAAGCAUGUGUUUUUCGUUGAUGGGGACGAGAAAGAGGCGGCUGCGUUUGACGUGGCUGAACACCUUCAAACGCAUCCGGAUCUGCUGGGGAGGAAAACGAACCGUCCCCGGUUGGACCAGCUGGAGCGGAUUGUGGUUGCGGGUGGGGCCGAUGUGGCGACGAUUGCCGCGAUGAAUGAGGAGCGGGAGAAGUCGUAUCGGGAGUUGCAGCGUAGGAUCGAGCGAGAGAAGGAACUGACCAUCAUUCAGCAAAAGAUGGAGCUGAAACGGGUGCUGAAGGAGAAGCGGGCCAGCAAGCCGAAACGUGUGGCCAAGGGGACGAAGGAUCGAGCGCCGGUGUACAAGUUCAAGUACGAACGCAAGCGUUGAAAUGCAUAUAUAAUUCUUUAUUUUUUGUAAUACAAUCAGCUGAAUAUAAUAUAAUUUGAGAACCACCAGGAAACUUUGUUAAUAAACUCGUAACAGUUUGAUAAACUUU